UUAUCAAAGGAGUGCAGUUGAGUUUUGUAACCGAUGCAGUGCUGGUUUAAAGGCGAUUUUCCGCAUUCGUUUUCACAGUACUUAUGUGUUGUUUAAUUAGAAAGUACACUGCAUAUCCAGUGAAAUAAUACCUAAAUAAGAGGUCUAAGUCUUAUGUAAUUAAUGGCAUCGUUUAACAUAACAAAACAUAAAUUGUAUUGAGUAAUUGGUUUCGUGUCUGAACGUGUAAAAUGUAUUCGAAUAUGAGGUGAAUUUUUGUUCGUGAAAAUUUUUUGUGUUGAGACGAAACGGAUACCCGACUCUUAAGGUUAAAGAAAAUAUCAAUAAAAAAAAUCAUUUUCGAUUAGAAAAAUUAUUCCUAGGAUUACAGUGUGCAGUAAAUAAAUAGCAACAAAAAAAAAUUACGAAAAAUUGUUGAAUAUCAUUCAGUAAUCGAGUGUUCGUUGUAAAGUUGUGUGUCCGAUAUUAUAGUGGCUGAAAUUUAGGAGACGUAAAUAUAAUGAAAAUCAUAUAAUAAACCUUAUACAAAAAAAAGCCAAGAUGGCGGUUGAUCAUCAUCAUCACUACUACCAUCAAGACAACGACGACAUACCAUCCAAAAUGAUAUGUCACCGACCAACAAAAUCCUUUUUUGCUGAGUCGCUAAACAAUCGCGGAUACAAAUCGAUUUCGAUAUUUUUAAUUACGCUUAGUCUAAUUCUGUCGUGGCUGCCCAACAGUGAUGCAUUGUCGCUAGACGGUUCACAAACAUCAUUUGCCCAAUUUCGCAAAUGGUACACGGGAUUGAAUGGUUCGCUAGAGUUUGAAUUUAAAACCGACCAACCAAAUGGCUUAGUGUUGUAUACGGACGAUGGGGGUACGUUUGACUUUUUCGAAAUUAAGUUGGUCGAAGGUGCCGUUCGAUUAAGAUAUAAUUUAGGGGGUGGUGCAAAUAUCAUUACGGUCGGAAGGGACUUACAUGACGGACACUGGCAUAAAGUGCAGAUUCAGCGUAACGAUGAGCAUACAACCCUAACAGUGGAUGGGGUAUUGCAAACCCGAACAUCUCGAGGGAAAGAAUUCCAUUUUGGCAAAUUUUCUACAAACUCGGAUGUAUUUAUUGGCGGAAUGCCAAAUUGGUACAAUUCCAAACUAACGUUACUAGCGCUACCAAGUGUGAUAUACGAGCCCCGUUUUCGUGGUUCAAUUAGAAAUUUAGUUUAUUCAGAUCAGCCUAGCGUUCCUCCAAGAAGGCAAGAAAUGCGUCAACCUAGAGACAUGAAGUGUGGGGAUGCUCCAUGCGACAACUCCGAAUUACCCCGAGAAAAAGUUACCAGAGGUCUGCGUAGCAAUAUUACUGAUGCUUGUGAAAGACACGAUCCAUGCCAACAUGGUGGCAUUUGCAUAUCAACAGAUUCCGGUCCAUUGUGUGAAUGCAGAAAUUUGGAAUAUGAGGGCACAUAUUGUGAGAGAGGUAAGUUGGCAGAGUAA